GGGUUUUCUUAAUCAGACUGUUUUUCGGUCCGAGGGAAAAGGAGGAAGAAGGAGAUUGUGAUGGAGAAAGGGGGUCUGUAAAUCGUCAGGCACCGCACAAAGGCUUUGCCACGUAAUUACAGGCUCCUAUUAAGUCGAGAUCUGCCCUCCCAGGGGUCUCCAAUUUUCUUGUAUUCCCUACAAAGCGUCCUCUGCAUGCCAGUUUGUGCCUUUUGAAGUGCCAGAGAGCUUCUUGAUCCAACUGAGAAGGAAAAGGAGCUGAGCAAGAAGAGGGGGAGAGAGAAGAGAAAGGGGGAACCCACCACCACCACCCUCCUUCGGACUCCGAAGCCCUUUUCCCCCCUCCUUCCUCACGAAAAGUAAAGUGAGAAUCCUGCUCUCCAGUACAUCUGCAAGACAUCACCCUCUCCUCCUGAAACUUUAGUCACUCCUGAGAAUCCGCAGGAGUGCGGAGAGGGGGAACACGCUUUCUUGAAGAUGUUUUAAAGCUGGGACAAGCCUUCUUCUGUUGGUGCUUGAACUCUUGCCUGGGAAUAACUUUUUUAGCCUUAAAAAAAAACACACCCACUUUGAUUCUUCUCUCCCACCCCUUCUCCUCUCUUCUUGUGUUUGCCUAACUCCCCCGCCCUGCUGGCUUCCCCUCUCUCCUCUCUCCCCCUUACUAUUAUUUUUAGUGUGUGCGUGUGGACGCUUUUGGAGAGAGAGGUGGAAGGAAUUCUUUUCUCCUGACUUGAACGGAGGGUGACUGUCGGACUUUAUUUUUUUGGUGUGGGUUAUCUCCUUGGAUCGCACCGGACUUGGCCUCGGGAAGGCAGCCGGGGCUGUCAGAGGCGGCGGCAGGAGAGCGCUCUGCUCUGCACCAGGGGUCCCCCGCCCUCUUUCCACUUUUUUUCUUCCCCCCUGAUCUUCCCCUCCUCUUCUCUCUCUCUCUCUCUCUCUCUCUCUCUCUCUCUCUCUCUCUCUCUCUCUCUCUCUCUCUCUCUCUCUCUCUCUCUCUCUCUCCUCUCCACUCCCCCUCUCUCUUCCCCACUCGGCUCCUCUCCCCCCUCGCGCCCACAGCGUUUGGUGUUGAUUCGAGCGGGAAGAGGGGGGUGGGUGGGAUCCGAGGGGGAGACCAUGACCUCCAGCUACGGGCACGUCCUGGAGCGGCAGCCGGCGCUGGGCGGCCGCUUGGACAGCCCGGGCAACCUCGACACCCUGCAGGCGAAGAAGAACUUCUCCGUCAGUCACCUGCUCGACCUGGAGGAGGCCGGCGACAUGGUGGCGGCACAGGCGGACGAGAGCGUGGGCGAGGCGGGCCGCAGCCUGCUGGAGUCGCCAGGGCUCACCAGCGGCAGCGACACCCCGCAGCAGGACAAUGAUCAGCUGAACUCAGAGGAAAAGAAAAAGAGAAAGCAGCGGAGGAACCGGACCACCUUCAACAGCAGCCAGCUGCAGGCUCUGGAGCGCGUCUUUGAGCGGACCCACUACCCUGAUGCUUUUGUGCGAGAAGACCUCGCCCGCAGGGUGAACCUCACUGAAGCCAGAGUGCAGGUGUGGUUUCAGAACCGAAGAGCCAAAUUCCGCAGGAACGAGAGAGCCAUGCUGGCCAAUAAAAACGCUUCCCUCCUCAAAUCCUACUCAGGAGACGUGACUGCCGUGGAGCAGCCCAUUGUACCUCGUCCUGCUCCAAGACCCACCGAUUAUUUCUCCUGGGGGACGGCCUCUCCGUACAGUGCCAUGGCUACUUAUUCUGCCACAUGUGCCAACAAUAGCCCUGCACAGGGCAUCAACAUGGCCAACAGCAUUGCCAACCUGAGACUGAAGGCCAAGGAAUAUAGUUUACAGAGGAACCAGGUGCCAACAGUCAACUGAGGAAAAAAAUAAUUAAACAGGCCUAAGAAGAAAUCCAAAAAAAACCAUAAGACACCUAUCCUGUUCUGUCAUUUCUUCAUCUGCUGGAAAAAAUAAUAAAAAUAAACAAACCAAAAAACACACAAAAACAAACAGAACUAAACUAUUGGGACCAUGGCAGAGAAGCACAGGAGAGGAGCCAAAUGAAAAUUAGUUACCAAACACUCCUCCUCCCUCUGGGACACCAGCAACACUUGUUUCUGGGUGUGUUCGUUUUGUUUUCCCUUCUUUCCAUGCUUUGCUUCAUAUACUCCGAGCUUCUUCAAUUGGGUUCAGCCCCCGCCCCUCCCUAUGAUUGUAUGGGUUUUAAGAAAGUCUACGACGGCCAAAGAAGCCAUAUAUAUAUAUAUAUAUCAGAAUAAUUGCCUAUAGUCUCCUCAUUGAUGAGUUGAAGCCUCAGUGCCUUGCCCCAUCCUUCUUCCCAGUUCUCUGCACAGAAGCUGCAGGAACUUCUGAAAAGCCAAUCUUUCUAAAGAAUCUGUGCCAGACAUGAUUUUCUUUCUCUCUGUCUCCAUCUCUGCUGGUCAUGGAAAGGUUUUUCCAUCAGCUACUGGGGGGUAGAGGGGGAGAGAAACAAUCAUGUGUCACUCGCCUGUCUGUUCCAGUUUGAUUGGCUGUGUCUGGCUCAUUCUAAGCAAUAAGCUCUAGACCUAAGCUCUAGAUUUAAGCUCUAAGCUAUAGAUGAUAUCACCAUCAUCCCUAUCUUAAUAAUCACCCACCUUAAGUUAAAGAUGCUUGUUGUUUUUGAAGGAUUUUCUGUCAUGGACUAUUUGGUAGACGAACUAUUUUUCAUUUGAAUGAGGGAGAGAAAUUUAUCUCGGAAAACAAAGACCGAGUUGUGAAAGGCAUAGCUUAUAUCUCAUUGGUGCCUUAAGGGUCAUCAGAUGCACACUUAUAUAUUUACUGUAUAUAUUUAUAUAUUUUAUAUAUAUAUAAAAUAUUCUUGCAAGCUCAAGUUUGCAGUUUCUCAAACACAAGGAAAAGCAAAUUUCACACCAUCACCACUGUCCUUCUCCCUACAGUGAUGAGACUUUUUAUUGGGGAUUUUGUUUCCUUUCUUGCUCUCCACAAAAUUCUCAUUAAGGUCCACAGGGCAGCUGUUGGAGAACAGGUCUUGUUUUCAUAGUAGGGCUUUAAACAAAUGAGAAACUAUGUGAAGCUUUAAGGAUGUCUUUGAGUUUAGGGGCUGAGCUCUGGUGGAAUGCUGGUCUGUCCUGCUCUGUCAGGGGAAUUACACUGAGAGAGGGGAGGAAAAGCCAUCUGGCCAUCUGCCCUUUUUCUACUCAACAGGAAUCUGAAAGACACAUGUUUAUUGGAAUAUUUGAAGAUUUGUCUAAAUCUCAAAAAAGGCAAUUAUUUUAUUUUCCAAUAUUUUGAAAUAAAGGUUAGUGGCUAGGCUGGGAGCCAGGACUGACCUUUCUUUGUUUCUUUCUCUUUGUUUCCAGCUGUGCUUUUGUGACUUGUCAGGUGGACUUGACCAAAUCCCAUUACGAUGUGGGUACCUCAGUUUACCUUUUUGAAAAAUGGGUUUAACAAUACUUACCUACCUCACAGGGGUGUUGUGAGGCCCUAUACAUUUGCUUCUUCAUUCUUUCCCAUAUUCUCUGUAUUUCCAGCACUUUGUAGCCAUGAAAGGAAGGGGACUAUAAAAGUUUUCAAGGCUAAUGGAAGGACACAGUAUCUUGUUUUCUAGCAAGGAAAUGAUACCUUGCUUCUAAUGCUUAUAAUUUUGCAUUUGGAAUAGGUUUAUAUUUAUAGACCUCUCAGAAUUCACAUCAUUUGACCAAAGUAAUCUAAGAUACACAUAACAAACACAUUUUCAAUUUACAUUUUCAUCCUGGCCAGCUUGAUUGUAAUAACUUUAGUUAUCAGUGACUUAAAAGCUUCAGACUGAUUAUGGCCAAAUAUGUCAACUUUCAGUGACAGGCAAGGAAUUGGGGUUUAAGAUGCAUUUAAGAAUAUAUUUGUUUUGGCCUACCAGAUUGAGCUCAUGGUGUUAUUUUUUCAGUCAAACAUCCCCCAGUCUAAAAGUGUAUUUUGAAUGUUAAUUCUGUACUUUUCUCUGUAACAAGAAGGAAGCCCAUCUGAUGCAUUUUGCUCUCAUCAACCAAUUUCCUGUGUGUGUUUCUUUUCACCUACUACUCAAACAUUUCUUACCAAAUGGUUCACAUAAGCUGGCUAACAACACAUAUUACUUGCUUCCCAAAGAGUCCCUGGACUGAUUCUUUUGUCCCAUUAGCUGCUGUGGAUUAUUGAGUUUCAAAGGAACAGUGCAUCCUAACAGAUUAAAAUAUUCUUUGUGAAAUCAGUGCAAUCCAAGAAACUGGUAAACUUUUGAAGUUGGAGGUUUAAGAAGAAUGGCUGAAAGAGGAUUUGGAUUCUAGGGCAGGGAACAGAAACCAUACAUUGAAAAAUAAAAUUGCUAAGAGGGGCGGAAUCUUAGAAGAGGCAGCCAAGAGAUAGAGGGUCAUGUAAAGUCAUUUGAAGCUUCUAUCUUGACAUCCAUUUUCAGUGGUGAACAGAAAGGUCUGAACCCAUAACCCUAAUGCUAGGUGAAACUGGGCAGUUUUACCCAAUAUUGCAAUAUUCCCUGAGCAAGAGAUAUCUGGGAAUAUCAUGGAAGAAUCAGUAUUGGUCAGCCAUAGGAACUGGCAUUGUUGGUGAAUGCAUACCACAAGCAUCUAUUAUCUAAGCACUUGAUCAAGAAGUAUACCCAUGGUAUAAGCACUCGGUGUUGUUCAUUUAUUAUUGACUUGACAUAAGUAGGAGUUCAUAUGUGAUUUGGAGGAGUAACCUUCUGGCUCCUGAGCCAGGCAUCAAGAGAGGGCCUCAGAGCCCCAGAGUUCAAAGGCAUACCCCUGCUCCUCACCAUCAUUAUACUCAGAUACAGAUGAAUACUUACAAAUUCUCUGUCUGUGUCCCCAAUCCCUUGGAAACAAGAUGCUGAUUUAUGGGGUAUGUGGCACAUUAAAUGGAACCAGAAGAGGUGACCGAAUAAAAAAGGGAAUGACAUUUAGGGUAUAAAGAUCUCAUAAGAAAUGUAAUAUGUAAAUUAUAUCUUGCUUUAUGAUGUAAAAUAUACAUUGUUUGCGCUAGAAUAGAAAUGAUUCCUUUCCAAUAAAAAGAAACAAGGAUA